AUGUCUAAAGAAGCAGGAGAUCAAGAAGUGGCUACACUCUCACCCCAUAUACUCAGUAACGGUAAUGGUGAUAAGUGUAGUAAUGAUUUUAUGCGUAGUUUAACUGAGUACGAGAACCAGAAAAAAAACGUUAUCAGUGAAAAAUUCCAUAACGGCGAAUAUGGCAGUAGUACAAAUCUCUUUAUCAAACAAAAUAACAGUACUCAUAUAGAAAAUAUUAAUUAUGAUCAAGAAACGUUUGCUCAGUUCCCCCCUAGGACAUCUGCAGUGAAUGCUGUAGUUGAGGCACAUGAGAAUAUGAUGGCCACAACAGUUGGUACAUCUAAUACUACUACUACUACUACUACUACUACUACUACUACAGGGCAAAGUAUUACAUUUGAAUCUUUAUUUGCAGAACAAAUGCAAUCACUCACUGCAACAAGUGUUAACAAUUUCUUACAUCCCAUGCAGGAGUCUACGAUGAACUCCACCCUUCCACUACACCUUGGUGAGGAUACUCUCACCUCUACUCUUACUACUACAGACUGUACCGUACUUUUGGCACGAUUGGAUUCAAGUGCAGCUCAAUUACUAGUACAAACCGUACCACAACUUGCUACUACAGGAACAACAACGGCAUCAGAUUUCUUUUCACUUAGUGGAACGGAUACAUUUGGUAAAUUGACAGAAACUCGAAGUACAGUACAAACAAACUCACCUACUAUUAUUAGUAAUCAAUCUUUUACUAAUAGUAGACGAAGUAAUAUGAAUACUAAUGACAAUGCUGAUAGCAGUAGUGGUAUAAUGCCAGGACACUUACAGCCUGAUAAUACGUAUACCACUUUGACACCAGCAAGACCUGUUAAUUCCAGUGAUAUUUUAGGAUUUGCUCGUAUAGCACGUGGUGAUGAAAACCCGAUCAUACCUCUCACCCACGAUAGUAACUGCAGUACACCAUUACGGUUAUGUGGCCUCUCUCUUGAAAGGUGUUCUCCGCCUCCUUUGAGUCCCCCAGGUGAAGUGGACGCAGAAACGGCGGAAAUUAUAACUGCAUUUAAAGCAGAUGCGCACAAUGAUCCUUUGCUCUUUAGUUAUGCAAUGCAGGAAACCUCUGUGGGGUUCAGUGAAACAUUUGGUACUAGGACAGAGACAGUGUGUUCCAUCGCUUCCCAUAGCUCCACUGGCCAAGUAUUAGACUUUACAGAGCGCACACACCAAUUGGGUUAUCCGGCAUAUGUAAAGAAUAACGAUGAUGAACCGCUACAUAAUGAACUAGAAUCCACAAUCGCUCCCCGUACAACAAUGGGAGAAGAAACAGUGACAACUGUUGCCGAAGAUGACAUAUGUGAACUAGAACAAGGGAGGGGGAAUCACAGCAAUAACAACAAGAACAGGAAUCAUAAACAAGCUUCAGAAGUACUGGUGAAACCAUAUCCCCUUAAAUCAACUUCAUUAUUGAAAUCCGCUGUUAAUUCUGACAGAAUACAUUUCAUGUCAAUUGUCAGCGCAAUAAGUGGGGCUAACUAUGAGUCUCCUAUUACAGGUACACCUGAGAAGCAAUCCCCUUCAAAAAGCCCAACACCCCUAUUAGGAAAUCCUAUCACUCUGGAGGACAACAAUGCCCUUUCUCUCACUAGCAAUGUUGCGCCAGGAUCCCUUGUGUCUGACUCGGUACCAAGACUAUCACACACUGCCACGCUCAAUGCUGCAGAUUUACCUUUAUUGAGUCCCUCUAGAACGUAUAGUAGUGGUAGUGGUGGUGGUCCUAAUGACGCGACAGCAAUCAAUAGCCCUCUACAAAUCCCCCACGUCAACAGAAACAACGACGACUAUGGUAGUACUAACAACUACAUUGAAGAUAACAGGACCCUCCUUAAACCAGAAGAAGGAAAUGAAACACAGGAUGAGGGUUCAGGUAAUCACAAUGAAGGUUCAGGUGACCACAAUGAGAGUUCAGGUAACCACAAUGAGGGUUCAGGUAAUCACAAUGAGGGUUCAGGUAACCACAAUGAAGGCUCAGGUAAUAACAAUGAGGGUUCAGGUAACCACAAUGAGGGUUCAGGUAAUAACAAUGAGGGUUCAGGUAACCACAAUGAAGGUUCAGGUAAUAACAAUGAGGGUUCAGGUAACCACAAUGGGGGUUCGGGUAAUAACAAUGAGGGUUCAGGUAACCACAAUGAAGGCUCAGGUAACCACAAUGGGGGUUCAGGUGAUCACAGUGAGAGUUCAGAUGAUCACAAUGAGGGUUCAGGUGAUCACAAUGAGGGUUCCAGUAACCACAAUGAAGAAGAUGACGGUGAUUUCGGGGAAUUUGUGGAGGCGUCACCAUCUCAAACAUCGUUAGAAAAAGUUCCUGUUGAUGCUACUGCCCCUCCAAUGCUCUUUCACUCUUCCUCAGGGCACCAAGAUGAAUUGCAUCUCCUGCAUAAGAAUGAAGGGUCCGGUGAUCACAAUGAGGGUUUAGAUGAUCACAAUGAUGGUUUAGAUGAUCACAAUGAGGGUUCCAGUAACCACAAUGAAGAAGAUGAUGAUUUCGGGGAAUUUGUGGAGGCGUCACCAUCUCAAACAUCGUUAGAAAAGGUUCCUAUUGAUGCUACUGCCCCUCCAAUGUCCUUUCACUCUUCCUCAGAGCACCAAGAUGAAUUGCAUCUCCUGCAUAAGAAUGAAGGUGAAGGAAACCCGGGAACAGCUGUGAAUUCCACAGUUGCAGAUUCAGCCGCUAAGGAAAACGUUUUCGGGGUACGGCAAAAAACGGUGCAUUUCGAUGAGAAUGAACCCGUUAUAAUUGAACCUCUUCCAGAUGAAGUCGUGAAUGCAUAUCCCGAGGAAUACAUAGUCGCAGAGGUGAAUAAAGGUACCGAUGAGGGCAACGAAGAAGAAGAAGAAGACGAUGAAGAAGAAUGGGCUGCAUUUACAGAGGCCUCCCCUUCUCCCUCUGUGCCAUCAAGAGUGGUGACAUCCACUGAACAUAAAUUAACAGAGAAUAGCCGGCCCGUACCGAUGGUCUCUCAAGCAAGGGAUGAUAAUGAUUUCUUUAUCGUUGAUAGUGACAUAGACAGGGCAUUGCUUCGACAGCGCCUUUCUGAACUCGCUGGGUGUGUGAUGGAAUCUGAUUAUGGCAAUACAGUUAGCGUCAACACGGAGGAUGAAUAUGAUGAAUGUAACAACAAUUUUAGGGAGAACAAUGUGCAACUGGCUCAUUCACGAAGUGAACUUCUAAUUAGUACUAUGGAGGCUAUGUCCUUUACACGGCGAGCUCAGUAUGGAGCUUCUGAAGAUGAAUUCCUUGGCAUUGGAAGCUCAUUUGUGGCCAGUGAUAGCUUUUCUGCCUCCUGUAAUAUCUUUGGCACGUAUUCAACGGUUACAGAUGUGGGUGAGACAAGAGAUCCCAACCAACAACAAAACGUAACCCCCGUUACUGUGGACCCUGUUGCAGCACUUCAAAUAGCUGACCGCCGCUCCUUACGUUCUCGCGAAAACCUUGACUCCCUUCUACUAAACAGCUCCCAGGAACGACAUCCUAUUCCUGUGGAAGAAGUUAUUGCAAGAGUGAGAUCCAUUGUUGAAGACCAGGUAUUGCAGUCUGAGAAUGGUAAUAACUCCACUUAUCACAUCCAUCCUACUCUGCAGCCCCCACAAAUUGGGGGCAGCGUAUACCCCGCACCGUCCUUGCAGCUACCGAUUUAA